UAUUUCUCCCAUCCCAUCAACCUCCACAUUCACUUUCUUCAUCAACUUCGUCUUCUUCAUCACUCUUUUACACUAUUCCUUACUUUCAUCACUUCAUCAUCAUCCUCCAUGGCUGAAGAGAAGCACCACCGCGGCCUCUUCCACCACAAAAAGGACGACGACGACAAGCCACUUGACUCCUCCUACUCCGACACCGCUUACGGUGGCGACAAGCCUUCCUCUUACUCCUCCGACAAACCCUCCGGUGGCUACGGCAACACUGACUCUGGCUACAACAAGACAGGCUACUCCGCGGAUGAGCCAUCCGGUGGCUACAAGAGCGGCGGCGGCUACGGAGGCACCGGAGGUGGGUACGGUGAGACUGAGAAGGUUGAGGGAUACGGCGGUGGUGCCGGUGGAUACUCCGACAGUACCACUGGAGGUGGGUACGGCGAGACCGAGAAGGUAGGUGGAUACGGAGGCGGUGCCGGUGGAUAUUCUGACAGUACUACUGGCGGAGGGUACGGUGAAACUGAGAAAGUUGCUGGGUAUGGAGGUGCUGGUGGAUACUCUGAGAAGACCAGCGGUGGUGGGUACGGUGAGAAUGAGAAAACCGGUGGGUACGGUGGAGGUGGCAAAGCUGGGUACGGCGGCGAGAGUGAGAAAUCUGAGGUUGACUACGAGAAGGAAGAGAAGCACCACAAGCAUCUUGAGCAGCUCGGAGGGCUUGGUGCUGCUGCCGCCGGUGCUUAUGCCUUGUAUGAGAAGCAUAAGGCCGAUAAGGACCCAGAAAAUGCUCACAAGCACAGAAUAGCAGAGGAGGUUGCGGCCGUGGCGGCAGUCGGAGCCGGCGGAUUUGCUUUCCAUGAACAUCAUGAGAAGAAGGAAGCAAAGGAACAGGCCAAGGAACAAGACGGGGAAACUCAUGAAAAGAAGCAUCACCAUCUCUUUGGCUGAUCAAUUAUAUACACACAUAUAUAUGGGUCGUCUUCUAUAAAUUGGUGUUGUUGGAUCUGCUUCUGGCUUUUCUCUUAUCUGUGUCUGUGUAUCUUUAUGUAUCUUCUCACUUUACUUCGCUCCGCCAUUUGCCCCUGAAUAACCCCAUCUUGUGUGAGUUCGUGGAUUGCUUUUAUUACUGGUGCUUUCUCAUGUCCCUAUUUUCAUCUACGCAUGUUAUACUUGUCGUUUCAAUAUAAUAUAAUUAUUACUUUUGAGUUA